GCGGGGCUCCUGACGGGGCGAGGGCCCGGGCCGCGGGGCGAUCGCUGUGGCGGCGUCAUGUCCUCCGAGGUGGCCGCGCGCCGCGACGCCAAGAAGCUGGUGCGCUCCCCGAGCGGCCUGCGUAUGGUGCCCGAGCACCGCGCCUUUGGCAGCCCCUUCGGCCUGGAGGAGCCGCAAUGGGUCCCGGAUAAGGAGUGCCCAAGAUGUAUGCAGUGUGACACCAAGUUUGACUUCCUGACCAGAAAGCACCACUGUCGCCGGUGUGGGAGGUGCUUCUGCGACAAGUGCUGCGGCCAGAAGGUGCCACUGCGGCGCAUGUGUUUCGUGGACCCCGUGCGGCAGUGUGCCGAGUGCGCCCUGGUGUCGCACAAGGAGGCGGAGUUCUACGACAAGCAGCUCAAGGUGCUCCUGAGCGGAGCCACCUUCCUCGUAACUUUCGGAAACUCGGAGAAGCCGGAGACGAUGGUUUGCCGUCUCUCCAGCGACCAGAGGUACCUGCUCCUGGACGGGGACAGCCGCCACGAGAUCGACAUUGCGCACAUCUCGAGUGUGCAGAUCCUCACGGAAGGCUUUCCGCCCGGAGAGAAAGACUUUCACACUUACACCAGCCUCCUGGGGAGCCAGCCCGCCGCCCAAGGAGGUAAUGCCCGGGCCACAGGCAUGUCCCUGCGGUUUGCAGCGCCAGGGGCAGAGGGCCUGACGCAGCUGAAGCUGACGGCCGGGGAGGACGCAAACGCCAGCAGGAGGCAGUCGACGGCGUGGCUGGCGGCCAUGCACAAGGCCACCAAGCUCCUCUACGAGUCACGGGGCCAGUGACUCCACGCGGGAUGGACCACUGGCCCGGGAGCGUGGAGCCUGCUCCCCGCACGCACAGGCCGCUGACGCCCCGCUGUGCCGGGAGAGCGAUCCGAGCGUUGGGAGGAAGUGAAGCGCUCGCGUCUCUAGUGCGACACGCAGUGUAUUAAUGCUCUAAACAGCUUCGCGCUCUACAGCUGGUGUAUUGUCCUGUUGAUACUUAAUUGGAGGUGGGGGAGAGUUAGCUACACUACUGCUACACUACUUUUAGCAUAACUUCAACCAUGUUUUUAUGGGUGCCCAGGUUUGCUGGAAGGUUCUGGCCCCUCAGUGUUCACGCUUGCAGAGCAGGGAUCUGGGCAGUGCGAAGUCGGGCCUGAGCUGUCUGGGAUCCUGGUUUCUAGCGUGCUCGUUUUCAGUCUCCCUGAGCCCAUUUUCUAGACUGUUCACUUAUUGCAUCACUAAUCUGGGGCUACCGCCAAACCUUUGAUACUUCACUAAGGGAAAGGGGCCAGCCUUGCUUUUUGUACUUUUCACUUACCGUUUCACUUUAUUAAAAUAAUUGUACAACAAUUUGUAUAUAAUGCUUAUGAUUAAAACUUAUUUUGAAAAUA